AUGCAUUGGGAUGACACACCCUUCUGGAGUAUUGCGCGGGAUGGAAAGUCGGCCGUUUCCCGCUGGUUCUGCCUUCAGUCUCCUUACACUGCUGAUGGUACUUCUGGCUUAGAAUUAGGCACAGAGGCAGGGACAAGCACAGGCGCCAGCACAGGCACAGAUGGAGGCACGAGCACAGGUGCAGAUGCGGACAGAAGCACGGUGAUAGGCAUGGAAGGUGCUGAGCAGGUUCCUGUUCGCCGCCCGCUGUGCGUGCACUACCAGCCGAACUCGCCCGGCGGGCGCAUUGCGGUGCAGAACAGUAAUGAGGGGUCGUGGGAGCAGUGGCGGCUGGUGGCAGAGGCAGUGGGAGGUGUGGAGGAGGAGGAUGAAAGGGAGGAGGGAGACGAAGGGGAAGAGAAGGAGGCGGAGGAAGAGAGGGAGGAGGAGAGGGUUGGUAAUGGUGAGGAGGAUGAGGCGGCUGGGAGAGAGGGGGCAGUGGGGGCAGUGGGGGCAGUGGGGGCAGUGGGGGCAGAUGGGGAAGUUAUUAGCGCUGGUGGUGGGAGAGUGGGAGGGGGAGCAGUAAGGGAGAAAUCUGGGACGACGGGUGGAAAACAUGGAAGGGGCAGAGGGGAUAAGCGGAGGUGGGUGAUUCGCAUGCAGAACCGCAAGACAGGGUCUGAUUUCGCGUUUGUGAGAGGGCUUCCUGUGCUGCUGCCGGGUGGGCAGGGCCAUGCGGUGCAGAUGCGGGUGCUUGCAGGAGGAGGAGGAGCAACAGAUGCAGCAGCAGCAGCAGCAGCAGCAGCAGCAGCAGCAGCAGCAGCAGCAGCAGCAGCAGCAGCAGCAGCAGCAGCAGCAGCAGCAGCAGCAGCAGCAGCAGCAGCAGCAGGGGUCGUUUCAAUCGUUGUGCAGCAGGUGCGGGUGGUGGUGGAGGAGGAGUCCCUUGACGCGCUGCUGCUGCUGGUGGGGCUGCUGGGACUGGCAGGGCCGUACACUGUCCGCCACUCACCGAUUCUCGCCAACCGGUGCAUGGUGACCAACAGCACGACUCUCCGCCUCGCCUGUUCCUUCUUCAAUCACGACUAUGAGAGCUCGCCUGCUGCUGCUGGGAUUUUGCCUGCUAAUAUUGGCCGCUCGGGGGCGAUACUUACACGGGUCACGGAAGGUCUGGCAGGAGCUGUAGCAGCGACAGCAGCAGGGGGGAGCGGGGGAGGAGGGGGCGCUUCUGAGGCAGUGAUUGGGUGCAGAGGCACAGGGACGUUUCUUGUGCGGCAUUUCUUAUCCCGCCGGAAUCUCUCCAACGCCCGCGAGUCGUCUCUCGCUUUCCUGCGCCUCCUGCCACCACCGCUGCCCAAGACACAGCACCGCACCGAACAGCAACGGCAGCAGCAGCAGCAGAAAGGGCAGAAGCAGAAGGGGAAGCAGCAAGAGGGGCUGUCACAGGACGGGAAGCAGCAGGGGCAGCAGGAGGCGGCAGAAGCAGAGCAGGGGUGGGUGCUGCCUGUUUCCAUCUCCAUCGCCAGAGAGGGCUCUCUGGCUGUCCGCACACGCCUGCUCCAAGGAUUGGGUCAAAGUCAAACAGCCGCUGCCUCGCUGCCAGGUCCAAUGGUGGUGCUGCACGUGUCCAAGAGAACACCAGAGGGCGUGCGCCUCUCCAUCUCGCCCUUCCUCUCUGUCCGCAACAACACUGGCUUCCCCCUGCAAGUCUGCCUGCGCCGCCGCCCUGCUCCCUCUGGAGGAGCACCUGCCGCGGGAGGGGCAGCAGCCCCUCCCAUUGGAGGGGAAGCUGCAGCUCCCGGUGGUGCUGCUGCUGCUGCUGCAGGAGAAGCAGCAGGAGGGGAAGCAGUGGUGGAGGGGGUGGGGCAAGUAGAGGUGGCAGCGGCAAAGCAGGAUGAAGCGGGGGCAAGGCAGCAGGGGGGGAUGGAGGUAGUGGAGCAGUUGCAGCAGGGGCAGGCUUUGGACGAUGCUGCUCUCUGCUUCCGUUUUGCUGCUUCUGCUGGCGAGCAGCGCCGCCUCGUCAAUGACCUUGCUGCCGGCAAUUUCCUGCUGUCCUUUCGGCCACCUGCCUCAACAACCACGCCUCUCGGCUACGGGUCUCCUGCCAAAAGCACUGCCGCCAUGGGUUGGACUUGCUCCCAGCAGCAGCAGGAGACUCAGCAGGAGCAACAGCAGGAGCAACAGCAGCAGAAGCAGCAGCAACCACAGGAGCGGGGGCAGGAGCAGCUGUGCUUUGAUUGGUCGGAGGAGAUCUCGGGAUCUCAGGCAGUAAGAGACAAGAGCUGGCUGGACGGCAUACAGCGGCAGAUGAAGACAAAAAUGGGCCGUAUGCUGCAGAUCAGCCAGAUGCUGCAUCUGAGCGGUGCGCUCAAUUCGUCCUUUUCCACACUCACUUGCCUCCCAAAAAUGUCUUCUGCUACCAUUUACAGCAACCAUGCCAAGCCUGGAGUUUCGGGGGCUUCCAGGCCUGAAGGACAGGCUUGGGAAAGGGCUGGUCCAGAAGGAUCGGGAGAUGACACAGGUUCUGCAGUCGGGGCUGAGGUUCGGCAUUUUCUGGUGAAGGUGGGAACUGAGGAGGUUCAACUGGGGGCCACGUGGACGACUUUUGAGGCGCCUCAAAAUUCGCGCAGCACCAUCAGUGUGGCUGCAGCAAGUAACACGUGUGGCAGCAAGUGGAGCAGUGCCCCUGUCCACGUUCCCUGUGCUGUUAACAUGCUGGCGCUGCUGGCCCAUGACGUGCUGCCACCUGUCAAGGGCGCAGUGGCUCUUGCCCACCUGGGGGGAUUGCCGUCUGCUGGUGGGAACGAGGUUCAGGUGAAACUGCAGCAGGUGGAUUCUGAAGAGAGGCAGGAGCAGCAGCAGCAGGUGAAUCCUCAGGAGCAGCGGCAGCAGCAGCAGCAGCAGCAGCAGAAGGCAGAGAGGCGUGGUGUGUCAUUGAGGGGGAGGAGUACUCCUCACACGUUCAGCUGCGGACAGCUCCUCACACGUGAGAUGGCUGUACAGCUGCGGACUCGAUACAGCGACAGGGAUGCUGUGCCUGAGUUUGAGAUCUUCCCUGCAUGGACCAUCCGUAACGCCACUGACACACCACUGCUCUGCUCCAGUGCUGGAAACCCACUGGAAUCAUCCUGGGUGCCAGAUGGCAGGGGGAAGAGAGGGAGCCGGUCGCAGCAGCAGUCACAGACCUCUUCACCGUACUCCACCGCAUCACUUCUUCUGAAUCCCAGCACUGCCAAGCCGUGGCUUGCUGUUCUCGUUCUUCCGUGCUCUGCAAGCGCCACUGCUGUUGUUGUAGAGUGCAAUGCAACAUGGCAACAAACAGCAGGCCAGGCCGUGAACCACUCUCUUUUUCCCUCUGCCUACCCUCCUGGUUUCUCCUCUUGCAGAGGCAUGUCGGUCUACAUUUCCAUUGCACAGGCACAGGAGGAUACAAGAAGAGAGGAACAGCGGUAUCUGAGGUCGUUUUUGAGGCGCCUCAAAAACGACCUCAAUGCACAGGAGGGUACAAGAAGAGAGUCACAGGGGUAUCUGAGAGGCAGCAACUGGGAGAGGGGAAGCAGUAGUGUUACAGGUAGAGGGGCCACCAUUGACCUCUCCUCCAUCUGCCGAACCACAGAGAUUCAGCUGGUGCAGUAUGUGCCCGUUAUAAGGGACAGGGACGCUACUGUAGGAGAACAGGAGAUGUCUUUUGCCGUGCGCCUGCGCCUGUCAGCGAAUGGCAGCCCAACACGUGUGGCGGAGAUCUGCCCGAGAUAUGUUGUGCGCAACUGCUUCCCCGUGCCGCUGCUCGUUUGCCAGGAAGGGCUCGAGUAUUUCCCUGAGCUCUGGACCACCAUACAACCAGGGGAAUCUGCACCCAUCCAUGCCCAAUCACCAUCGCACAUCUGGUCCUCUCGCUCCUCCCUCGCCCUCUCCUCCUCCUCCUCCCCCUACUCUCCUCCAAUUUCUUCCUCCCGCGAUUCUCUGCUGGAAGAGGGCGGCAUCAUUCGUCCUUUCCUGCGUUUCCGCCCGCUAGACUUUUCUGAUUCGUUCUCGCCUGCUCCAUCUCCUCGAGGCCAAUCACAGCCUGCCACGUGGCACUGGUCUGGGCCAUUCGGGGCGGCAUCUCUCGGCUCGUUCUGCCUCAAGAUGCGCUCUCACACCAACAGCGGCAACAGCGACAGUUCCAGUCACCCACUAGCGGCAGGAGGCGUGCGCGUGCUACAGCCGGUGCUGUUCGCCGUUGCUGACGUGGCAGAGGGAGGAGGCGGGGGAGGAACCACGGGAGGCCCAGCAGAAGGAGCAUCUGAUUUGAGGUUGAACACAUCAGCAGAGCAAGCAGAGGAGGCAGGGGGAAUGGGAAUGGGGCCUAGCGAUGGUUUAGUUGCCGAUGCAGCAGGGAAGAAUGAACCCUCGGCAACAUCACCAUCAGCAUCAGCAGCAGGGGCGGCGGUGGGCGGCACGUGGGUGGCGGAGAUUCGUCCAGUGGACGGCAUGAGGGAAGCGCCGUACCGCAUUGAGAACACUCUCCUGGGAUCAGCGGUCUCUGUCACACAGAAGGGUUCAGAGGGGUGGGAGGUGGUGGAAGCAGGUGAAUCGGUUCCUUUCACCUGGGAAGACUGGCGCUUACCCAAGAGACUGCUGCUCACAGCUCCAGGCUGCACGCCCCAGCAGGAGAUGAGUCCCGACAAGGUCAAGCCGUGGCGCCGCCUGCGCCUCUCCCAGUCCGCCUUCUCCUCCCUGCUGCCCUUCCACCUGCCCUUUCACCUGCGCCAGUGGAAGGGGGAGGGAGAGGAGGCGGAGGAGGAGGGGGAGGAAGAGGAUUUUGAUGACGAUGCUUACAAGUAUGAGGACGAGGACGAGGAGGAGGAGCAAGAGGAGGGAGAAGGUGUUGGGGAGGGCGCAACUGAGGAAGGUAGAACCGUUGAUGGAAGCAGGGGAAGGGGCAGAGGCAGAGGCAGGGGCAAGGGUAGGGGUAGAGGCAGCAUGAGUGCAGUAGGUGCUUUGGCAAGGCAGCAGGCAGCACGGCAGGAGGCAGCACAGCAGCAGGUGGUGGGAGUGGAGGUGUAUGCAGAUGGGCCGAUACGGGUGGUGCGUGUGUGCACGAGGGAGGGAGCCAAGGACAGGGAGGGGUCUGGCAGAAAGGGUGGUGCUGCUACUGGGGGGGCUGGUGUGAGCAGUGGUGCUACAAGCGGAAGUGCGGCGGUUUUGACUGGUGGUGGGACGGAAGGGGGCGGCAGGGAGGCAGGGGAUGUGAGGGAGAUGGAGGGGAUGGUGGAGGUGGAAGGGGUUGAGAUCAAGCUUCUGCAGUCUGGGGCCUCCUUGGAUGUGAAUGCAAAGGAGGUGGCAACACCCACAGGGAGGGGUCGAGAGAGGAGACAAGGGAAGGAGCCGGAGGGAGAGGACGGGAGAGGGGAAGAGGAGGAGAGGGAGGAGGAGAGGGAGGAAGAAGAGGAGGAGAGGGAGGAAGAGAUGGAUCGCCGCGUGUUGCUACACGGGCAGGCGGACGGCCUGUGGGCGUCCUUGGCUCUUUCUGUUAAAGACGUGGCUCUUGAGGCUGUGCUGUGUAAUGCAGGUAUUGACUCUCGCUCCCCUUCCCUCAAGCCCCCACCGCUCCCCAUCUCUCUCAGCCACUCCUCCUCCAGCACCACCGCACAGCACCCCAUCCUCUCCUCAGCUGUGGUUCUUCGCUCCCUCAACCCCUCUGCCGCCAUGGCUGCCACCAGAACCAUGAUAGGACACACGUUGAGGGAUUGGAGGGUCGGGAGGGAGGGUGUGGGAGGGGCGGGAGGAGGGAGAGGGGUAGGAGGAGGGAGAGGGGGGGGAGGAGGGGAGGGUGCUCCACUGUGUUCGAUGGCAGUGGUGGUGAAUCGGCUUGCUUCCCGCCCACAGCACAUCCGCUCUGUAUCAUUCCUGCUGCAGGUGGUGGCGAGUUUCCUCCCCAGUGCACCGGGUGCCAUUGACUAUUCGUCCGCACAGGAGGCGCUGAGGGGGAUUCUGCACUCGGUGAUUCAAGUGCCGGCAGUGCAGCACACGCCCAUCCACCUGCACGGGCUGCUGCUCACGCACGCUCUAACAUCCUCCAAACAGAUGGUCGCUAAGCUGACGCGACACUACUCGUGUGCAGCGCACACCCAUCCACCUGCACGGGCCGCUGUUGACACAUGCGUUGACAUCCUCCAAGCAGAUGGUUGCUAA